GAAGAGGAACGAGUGCUCGUGCAUAUAUAUAUAAUAUAUAUGUGUGUGUGACAGUGUUUUGUGGCCGUGUGUGUGUCUGUGCAUAUAUAUGCUUGCGAGAGCGCGGGCAGAGGAACGAGGAAGAGAUAUUACGCACGCACGCACGUCCGUGUCCGUCAAGAUGUCGUCGUCCGGACACAGCAGCCGCGCUCGCGCCGUCCACUCCGUCGGCUCGAUCAUCCAGAAGCUCCAGGGCCGCUUCGCGGACGCGAUGACGCCGCCUAAGCUGUCGACGGACAAGCGUACCCUGGACAAGACCUGGAAGCUGAUGGAUAAGGUGGUGAAGCUGUGCCAGCAUCAGCGGAUGAACCUGAAGAACUCGCCCCCGUUCAUCCUCGACAUCCUGCCGGACACCUAUCAGCGAUUACGGCUGAUCUACAGCAAGUACGAGGACCGGAUGCAGGUCCUGCACGGGAACGAGCACUUCUGCGUCUUUAUCAACAACUUGAUGCGGAAGUGCAAGCAGGCGAUCAAGCUGUUCAAGGAGGGCAAGGAGAAGAUGUUCGACGAGACGUCACACUAUCGCCGUAAUCUCACCAAGCUCAGCCUGGUCUUCAGCCACAUGCUGUCCGAGCUCAAGGCGAUCUUCCCCAACGGGGUCUUCGCCGGCGAUCAGUUUCGCAUCACCAAGGCCGACGCGGCGGAAUUUUGGAGGGAGCGCUUCGGGAACAGCACAUUGGUACCCUGGAAGGUAUUCAGACACGAAUUGAAUCAAGUGCAUCCCAUCAGUUCGGGUUUGCAAGCGAUGGCACUGAAAUCCACGAUAGAUUUGACGUGCAACGAUUACAUCUCCAACUUUGAAUUCGACGUAUUUACAAGGCUGUUUCAACCGUGGUCGACCCUCCUACGCAACUGGAAGAUUCUGGCUGUGACGCACCCUGGCUACGUGGCCUUCCUCACCUACGACGAGGUGAAGGCGCGUUUGCAGAAAUACUGCAUUACCAAGCCCGGGAGCUAUGUCUUUCGAUUAAGUUGCACUAGGCUGGGACAGUGGGCAAUCGGUUACGUCACGUCUGACGGUGAUAUCCUUCAAACUAUACCCCACAACAAAAGCCUUUGCCAGGCGUUGUUGGACGGCUACCGGGAAGGCUUCUACUUAUAUCCGGACGGCCGAAAUAUCAACCCGGACUUGACUUGGGCGGUGCAACCAACGCCGGAGGAGCAUAUAAAAGUUACAGCGGAGCAGUAUGAGUUGUACUGCGAGAUGGGUAGCACCUUCCAGCUCUGCAAGAUCUGCGCCGAACACGACAAGGACGUGAGGAUAGAACCUUGCGGCCAUCUUCUCUGUACUCCAUGUCUUACAGCUUGGCAGGUAGAUUCUGAGGGACAGGGUUGUCCGUUUUGCCGAGCCGAGAUUAAGGGUACCGAGCAGAUCGUCGUGGAUCCGUUCGACCCACGAAGAACGCAUCGACCUGGGGCGCAAUCGGCCACCGCCAGCAAUGCAUCGACUCCCACGCGGGAUCUCGACCCCGACACCGAGGACAUAAUGGAGCUGUGCAACGGCAACUGCGGUCUGAUGGUGUGCGACGACUCGGACGACGAGGAGGAUUCCACCAGCCCGACGAAUUCGCCGGUGCCGCCGCGGAGAAUCGUCCCGAGUCCGCCGUUGCCUCCUAGGAGACCCUCGCCGUCGCCCACGCCGAACAACCACCUCAGGAACGGGCGCCACCUGACGGUGCCGAAGGAGAACGCUCCGCCGCCGCCGUCCUCCGUCACCGUGAUAUUGAAUUACACCGACAACACGCAACAAAAUAACAAAGUUAACACGGAGGCGAGGUACGACAUGCUGCAUCGCGCCUCCUCGCCGUCGCCAGUGCCGCCGAUCCCGCCGAUCCCGCCGUCGACGGUGGCGGCGGCGGUGACCAGGAACCAUCCUCCCGGCGGACGUCGUCCACACGGAAACCACGGGGGCGGAACGCCUCAGCGGCAACCGCAGCCGCCGCCGACCUUGCCGGAGAAGACGUGUCGCGCGAGCGCGACCAGCUCGACGACGAUGACCACGACGAUUAGUCAAGGACCCAGUAGCAACAACCCCGCCGUGCCGCCAGUACCACCGCCCUUGUCGGCGCCGAGGCCGCCGAAGAGCGGCCAGGGCAAGGAGUCGGCCGGCAUCCGUCAGGAUCAUCACUACGAGAACACCUUCGUCAUCUGCGGCCCGAGUCAUCAGAUGAAGAACCUGGCGGUGAGCAGGGCCGCCGGUCUCAGGGCGCUGAUGAUGGCGAGGGACGAUCCAGGAGGCGGUAACAACGGCAACGGGAACGGUGGUGGUGGUAAUGGUGGCGGUGGCAGCGCGAUGAUCAAGUCCUCGGAGUCGGCGGCGUACGAGAACGUCAACGUCGAGCACAUCACGAGACUUACGGCGCUCGGCUUCGCCCAGGACGCCGUCAUCAGGGCCCUCGGCAUCACCAGGAACGACCUCGAGAUGGCGUGUGACAUCUUGCACGAGUUCGCCACAAAGUCCUCCUGACCAGGGCCGGACACCGAGGUCUCAUGACCGGCCUUACCCGCCAGACGGUACUUUUGACAGGGAACACGCGCAGACUCGUGCAAGUCCCACCUCUGAUGCGUUCGCGUACACAUCAUCAUUAUCAUCAUCAUCAUCAUCAUCCUCUUCAUCAUCGGGCGUUCUCGCUGCGUCGACGAGGACUCGACUGGACUGCACCGUCGUUUUGCACUUGAAGACAAAGGGAGAAACACCACUAUCAGUCAUCUUCGUUGUGGACCCUUCGCGAAAUAGGACGGACGAACGACCUUGAAAUGUCCUUGGAGAUGAAAAGACCGCCGUUCGCGCGACAGAAUGUAAAUAAAUAUAUAAGCGACGACCGACCAAAGGCGAUUUGCGGCUGCCGAAAUAUUCCUUCAUCAAGAUAGAGCCAUAUUUAGCGAGCAGUAGCGAUAGUUUAAAUAUAGUACGUCGUUACAUAUUUUCCUAAUCUAGUACCUCUCACUGGCGUAGUCACUAUAUAUAUAUAUAUAUAUAUAUAUAUAUAUAUAUAUAUAUAUGUAUAUGUAUAUAUUUCGUUCCUCGAUAUUACUUAAGGAUAAGGAUAAUUAAUUGUACAUUAAUUCGCAAAGAGAAACUCGCUUCUAACGUUGACGCACCUCGGAGAAGAAGGAUCCCUCUCUCGGUCGUCCGUUUUCCACAUUUUGUAUAUUAUACAAGCGUAUAUCUCACGAAAGGAAGAAGAGGAAGAAAACAACGAACCACGCGGUCUGUUAUAAAUCGCGUCGUUCCGACGUGUUUUCAGAAAUUACCACUUGUACGAAGGCAAUACGAUCCCUUUCACUUAUUCGGUUUUUAGAUAGUACAUAAAAUUCUACAUCGACUCGCUGGACACCCCUCGUUCACGAGUAUAUUCCUUCUGUCAAAUACAUAUACAGGGUGUCUCGAAAGUCCUGCAGCAGUCAACAAUCUCGAAAACUAAGGCGUUUUGAAGAAAAUGUCUCAAAUAAAAGAGUCGGACUAUAAAUAGCAUUUUGUUAAGACCAUGUAAAAUUUGUUUUGACAUUUUUUAAUGAAAACGUCUGUUUUUGAUUAAAUAUUCUUGUAGCUCUUAUCUCGAUAUCUCGUAUUUUUUGAUAUAAUAAUCUUACUUUAAUGCUUUUAUGUAUAAAAUAAUUAGACAAUGAAUUGUAAAGAAAACAUAGUUAUUUUUGAGAAAAUGUAUAUUAUUUGCAAUAUUUUUUCUUAAAGACAAUUAUGCGUUUUUAAUACAAAUUUAUCGGUCUUAUUAUUCUGUGCAAGUAAGAUUUUGAAAAAUUCUUAAGAUGCAUUCAAAAAUGAGAAUUUUUAUUUGCAAAUUUCAAAGUGAAUUAUUAUUAUUAUUUAA